CCACGCCGGAAGUUAUAGACAUUUAGAGAGGAAGUGGAAGUGGAUGCGUGCGCAGUCGUGCUGUCACGUGAAGAUAAGUAUUCACGUGAUUUCAGCUGCUUUCAUCAGAGUUGCUCUGCGAUUCGGAGUGAAAUCGGGAAAAAGUUUCCUCGUCGACCAAUUUGAAGGCGUCACCACUGAUUUGAUCAUUAAUUGCACUCCAAAAUGAAGGCGAUCCUGAUAUGUGUUGCUGUUUUGAUUUUAUCAAACAUUACUGUUGCAACUGAGAAGCCAAGCCCCAUUGUUACAACUGAGAAGCUGGACAUCCCUGUUGUGACAACUGACAAGUCGAGCACCCCUGUUGUGACAACUGACAAGUCGAGCACCCCUGUUGUGACAACUGACAAGUCGAGCACCCCUGUUGUGACAACUGACAAGUCGAGCACCCCUGUUGUGACAACUGAAACGUCAAGCACCCCUGUUGUGACAACUGAAACGUCAAGCACCCCUGUUGUGACAACUGAAACGUCAAGCACCCCUGUUACAAUUAACAACUCGAGCACCCCUGUUGUGACCACUGAGAAGUCAACCACUCACAUUCCAAGUACAACACACAUACCAAUUCCAACAAAAUCGCGUCAGUAUGUUGUGACUGGAGCUAAUGGACAACAUUGUAUUGUUAUAACUACUGAUAUAUCUUAUCACUAUUCUUAUAAGAAUAUUACUGAAGCAGGAGAUAUCUUUUCAAAUGCGACAUAUAAUGGCAGUUGCAGUGAUACAGCUGAUGAACUGUCAAUUUACUCAUCAAAUGUUCAUCUAGACUUAGUUUUUGCAAAAAUUAAUUCUACAAAGUUUUUGAAGAAGGUUGCACUAUCAGUUGGGGAUCACAAUUUAACUGUUUCCAAAGACAAUAUGAAUGAAUUACUGUUGAAGGAGAAUGAAUAUUUUGUUUGUAAAUCAAAUAAAAAGAUAACUUUGAACAACUCAUCUAUUACCUUCAAAGAACUGACUUUGGAUAUCUUCAGAAAUGCUACUAACUUAACUGCCCUUGGAUCACGACACAUUUGCGUUGAAGAUAUGAAGACAAGCAGCAUUGUUCCUAUUGCUGUGGGAGCUGCCUUGGCUGGUUUAGUAAUCACUGUCCUAAUUGCCUAUCUAAUUGGUAGAAAACGAAGCAGGAGAGGCUAUGAAUCCGUUUAAAAAGUAAUGUGUAUGAGUUUGUGUGCACGUGCAUUUGUGAUGGAAGUGUGUGUAUGUAUCCAUUUGCAUAUGUGUACGUAUAUACAUACACAUUUGUAUAUAUGUGUAUAUGUAUGUAUAUAUCUUUAUACAUAUGUGUGUGGGUGGAUGUGUGUAUAUAUAUUAUAUGUAAGCAACUUUUGUACUUCCCAAUCUUGACACUCUUGUUUUCUAAGAAAACAUUUUCUUUUAAGGUAGAUAUGAAUAAUACAGAAUAUAUCCUAGUUUCAGUAAAACUGAUUACAACCUGUUUCUUCUAAUAGGAUUUUUGAUUUCUUCCUAGUUUCAAAUUUUACUUAUUUAUUAACUUUUCUCCUCUUACCUAUUUCAGCAGUUUGACGCACACUAGAAAAGUCUUUACCCUUAAUAGAUUAUAUUCAGUCUUGGAUUUUUUUUGUCUGAUUUAUGGUUAUCUGACUUUUGGCUUUUUCCAUUUAAAGAUUUUUUUUUUUUUUUUAAUCAUACAAUUAUUGAAAUAAAUAUUGUUGUAGAAGAUUGUUUUAGAACAUCUUGAGAGAAAAAGCAAACUCAGAUUUUGAAUUCUGCACUUUGGCUUCACGACUUGUUUUUCGUUGUAGAAAGCAUUGUUGCAUCUUUAUUUUAUUUUUCAAGGUAGUUAUAUGGUGCAGUUAUUGUCAAAACACCAAUUUGGAUUAGAUGCUUAUUUAGUGAUCCAUUGUUUCAAAAUGUUCUCAUUUUUACCCUUUAGUUCUCUGUUGACAUAAUAUUUAGGGUUGGAUCUGAUAACCUUUAUAACUGUAGUUCACCAAAUAGGUAAUAACACAAGCACUGGUAGAGCAAGGUUAAAUGAAAUGAACAGGAGACAAUUACAUUGAACACUUGUCUGAGCUAGUAUGUACAAACAGUAAAACUAAUAUGUAUGUUCUUAUUUAAAUUUGGUUCAUUCUUGCUUAAAUUUAUUCUCUUCCAACAUUUUUCUCUCAAGAGAAAAAUUCUCUAGCAGUGACUAUUGCCUGAUAGAAAUUCCAUUUCUGAAUAUGGCUAAUCUAAUAUUAAAUUUUCUAAAACUUCUUUUUAGUCUCCUUGAAAUUACCAAUGUAGCUAAAAAAAAAUUUUAGUUCAACAGUUUGUCAGUGCAUGUGUGCAUUACGCUUGCAGUGUGUAUGUGUUGGUGAGAGAGAGAGAUUUCACUUUCAGUUCUUGAAAACACCAGCCCAAUCAAUUUCUUAAGCUGGGCAUAAUGUUUUAAAUUAGGGUUGUGUGUGUGUGUGUGUGUGGAGACAUGUAACACAAGUUUGAGUUAUUUUUUUGUCUUUUAAUAUCAGUUUUGAUACUUAUCAAAAAGGGAAAUUUUGCUUUUCCAAAAUUUUAUUCAGUAAUAUUUAUUUCCCUAGAUAUUUUUUUUCUAAUUUUGUUUGCAACUAAUAAUUCCCUCUCAAUAAUGCCUUAGGUUCUUCUAUAACAUAAAGGAAUUUAUUUUUUAUUUUUUUUAUAUCUCCAUAUAUUAAACUUAAGAUGUAUCUCGGGUGGGGUAAAAUUGUAUUUUUGAAGUCAGAUUUCUCUAUUAAUAUUGAAAUUUAAUCUUUAUAUAAAUUUACAAAACUUAGCUAGGUUCUAUUUAUAGAUCUUUUUAAUAAUCCACAUCCCAGUUUCAGGCCACAAUAUUCCUUCUCUACUCUCCAACUAAUUUGAAGUGAGCAGGAUAAGAUGUAUAGAAAGUGAAAAGUAUAUGCCUCUAUUUUGUUAAUAAAUUUUUAUUAUUGA